AUCACACUCCUGGCACUAUCUAAACAAUAUGUCCGUGAGUUAAUGUAUCACGUACUGGCGUAUCGAUGUAACAUGUUGGGAGAAAGCUUCUUGUGUCUGUAUUUUCACCGUCGGAAUUAAGGAACAAGUAAAUGAGCCGGGAAAUAUAUAUCUUGAUCUAUACCAGUCUUAUAUCCACUGUGGUCUCUUCAAAUCCUCAAAAUCUCCCAAAGAACAGUACCCCAUUUUAUUAAACAGCUGUAUCCAAUACACUUGGCAUCAAAAUGACGGCUACAACAUAUGAUUUCAAUGAAAAUACCGAGGCAUUGGAAGUCGCCAAGGCCUUUGCUGAAAGGAUACAUGGGAAGACCAUAAUCGUAACGGGCGCAAAUCUCAAGGGUAUUGGGUAUACGACUGCGCAAGCGUUUGCCUCUCAGUCUCCGGCCCAUCUCAUCCUCGCCGGCCGCACUCCCGCCAAACUCCAAGAGACUAUCACUGCGCUCAAGUCAGAAUUUCCCGAUGUCGACUACCGCGCUCUUAAACUCGACCUCUCUACACAAAGGACUGUCCGAGCUGCUGCAGCCGAGCUUCUAUCCUGGUCCGACGUGCCUACUGUCGACAUCGUCGUCAACAGCGCUGCCAUUAUGAAUCUACCCGAGCGAAUCCUCAACGAAGAUGGGAUUGAGAUGCAAUUCGGGACCAACUACGUCGGGCACUUUUUGUUUUCUUGCCUGAUCAUGCCGAAACUCAUCAAGGCCGCUCAGAGUAAUCCGAAGGGAGCUACGCGUAUCGUUAACGUGGUCUCCUUGAGCCCGACCAUGGCUAGGAUGCGGUGGUCGGACGUCAACCAACAGAAAAGAAACAAAGACCUGCCCGAGGACGAACAGCCUUUCUAUGAAAGACAUAGGGAAUGGGGCGAAGUUAACCCGGAAGAGAAGUCGUACCUGCCCCUCGAAGGCUACAACCAGAGCAAGGUGGCUCUGGUACUUUUCAGUAUCGCAAUAAGCAAGAAACUGUAUGAAAAGUACGGGAUCUUGAGUUUCGCUCCACACCCAGGGAUCAUCAACACCGAGCUCGGCAGAGAUACCCCGGAAUACGUGUUGGAAGCAGUUGGUAACAUGAAAAAGCGAGGGCUCUUCACUAUGAAGACGGCUGGCCAGGGCUCAGCGACAAGCCUUGUCAGUGCUUUGGAUCCGAAAUUGGGUAUGCCCGAGGAUAAGGAUGGAAAGGAGAAUUAUGGAGCAUACCUCAUUGAUUGCCAAAUCUCUAAUCUUGCAACACCAUCUGCGUUGUCAAGCGAAGGAGCUGAGAGACUGUGGAAGAUGUCUGAGGAACUGGUUAAGGAGAAAUUUUCUUGGUGAAGACGCGGUAUCAUGAAGAUAUUCAAAUGAUAUGUCAUUGUAUAUAUGAAAGGUUUUGGACGCUCUUUCCCAGAAGUAUCUAUACAUUGUAGUGGCACCUGCCAAGUUUACCUAAGGAGCACUCCUUGUCCCUGUCCUUGGGGAAAUCCUGAAUCCGUAAAAAGAUAACGGGUUUUCCUUGUCAAACUCAUCCGCCAACUCGAUUGCGUUUUGGGUCAAUAGUUCUCGUGGGUACCACGUGUCGUACUUG